AUGGGACCGAGCGGGGCGGGGAAGUCGUCGCUGCUGAACGCGCUCGCGGGACAGACGCCGCGGAGCGCGAGGGCGACGCUGCGAGGCGCGCUCGAGGCGAACGGACGGCGCGCGAACGGUGGGGGUGGGUUUAAAAAGGCGUACGUGCAGCAGGAGGAUGCGUUUUACUCGAUGCUGACGUGUCGGGAGACGCUGGAGACGGCGGCGCGGUUGGGAGGCGCGAGCGACGUGCGAGCGACGACGGAGCGGUUGUUGAACGAUCUUGGGUUGGUGGCGUGCGCGGAUACGCGCGUGGGAGACGGGAAAACGCGCGGGAUCAGCGGAGGAGAGAAGAAGCGGUUGGCGCUUGGGGUGCAGUUGGUUGGCGCGCCGAGCGUGAUUUUCGCCGACGAACCGACGAGCGGGUUGGAUUCUUUCCAAGCCGAGCGCGUGAUGAAGACGCUGUCCAAAUUGGCGCGCGAGGGUGGUAAAACCAUCGUUUGUUCGAUUCAUCAGCCGCGAUCGAGCAUCGUGGAUUUGUUCGAUGACUUGUACUUGCUCGCCGGCGGGCGAUGCGCGUACUUUGGACCGAUGAAGUCGGCGCGCGAGUGGUUCGGAUCCACCGCCGGUCACGCGAUACCGUCCGACGUGAACGUGGCGGAGUAUCUCAUCGAUCUCGUGAGUAUCGAUGCGACGUCGGCGGAGACGAUAACGGCGACGGAAAAGCGCGUCGCGAGCAUCGUCGCCGCGAUGAAGUCGUCGCCGCCGAGGCUCGCCGACGCGAGCGCGGACGCCGGGAAGCGAGACUCUAGCGACGCUUUACCCGUCGUCGACGGCAAGCGCGUCGGAUUUUGGGGACAGUUUCCGUUACUUUUAACGCGUUCCUGGCGACAAGUCACUCGGGACAAGGCGACGAACCGGGUGCGUUUCAUGACGUCGCUCAACAGCGCCAUGGUUUUCGGAUCCAUCUUUUGGAAAAUGUCGCUGAAACAAACCGCAAUUCAGGACCGAAUGGGCCUGCUGCAAGUCUCCGCGAUCAACGCCGCGAUGAGCGCGUUGAUGAAAACCCUCACCGCGUUCACGAAGGAGAAGGUCAUCGUGAACAGAGAGCGCGCGAGCGCGGCGUACGGCGUCUUGCCGUAUUUCACGUCAAAGCUCGUCGCCGAGCUGCCAAUCGGCGCCUUCUUUCCACUCGCCUUCGGCGCGUGCGUGUACCCGAUGGCUGGCUUGCAUCCGACGCUCGGGCACUUUGCACGAUUUUGCGGCAUCUUGACUCUCGAAUCGUUCUCCUCCGCGGCGAUGGGAUUGGCCAUCAGCUCCGUGGCGCCGAGCACCGACGCCGCCGUCGCCAUGGGACCCGCGGUCAUGGUUCUCUUCAUCGUCUUCGGUGGUUACUACGUCAACCCCGACAACGUCCCGAUCUAUUUCAAGUGGCUCAACAAGUGUUCGCUCAUUAAGUGGGCGUUCCAAGGCUUGUGCGUCAACGAGUUCACCGGGCUGGAGUUUGAAGCCAAGCGCCCCUUCGACCAAAAAACCGGCGAAGACGUUCUCGCGCGUCUCUCUUUCCAAGACGCCACCGCGAUGUCGAGCCUCAAGGCGCAGGGAAACAUUCUUUCGUUCCUGUACUUGUUGACGCUAUAUUUGCUCGACACCACUGGACCCAAGUUUUGCGUCAUGGAGCCUCCGGAAUAA